AUGCCGACGUCAAAGGUGGUCGUGGACGCUGCGCCGGGCGUAGCGCUCGAUGCGCCGUACGGGUAUGUGGGUGGGACACAGGACAACCAUGUCGUCCAGGCGCUCGUGUCGUUCUUUUGCGAUGCGGGCCUGCAUGUCGCGACGUACGAUGCGCGCGGCGUCGGCUCGAGCAGCGGAAAGAUGACAUGGACGAUGCGCGCCGAGAGCCGCGACUACCAGGCGGUGGUCGACGCGAUGGCCGCACGUGUCGAGACGCACGGCACGCCGGAACUGUAUCUUUGUGGAUACAGCGCGGGUGCGAUCCAAGCGUCGACGGCCGAAGCGCCGCAAGGCUGGGAAACGGCCGAGGUACGCUACGUCCUGCUCGCCUACCCCCUCGGUGUACGCUGGGCCCUGACGUGCCUCAGCGGCACCUACUUCCAGAAUGCUGUCGAGCGCGUAGUCAAGCGUGCGGCGACCGAACCCAACGUCGCUGCGUUGGUGCUCACGACGACCGCCGACCAGUUUACCAGUGCCGCGUCAUACUCCACAUGGACCACCUCCCUCGCAUCUACGCACGAGUCCAAAGGCCUGCGCCUCGUCUCGCUUCCGCAGGACCACUUUUUUGCGUCGCACGCGGCGCUCGGCUCGCUCGCCGACGCGCUCCGCGCAUGGUGCACUGACCUCCACAUCGGCGAAUCCGGCGUCGGCCGAUAG